CGCCUCGCUCCCCGCCCUGCGCGGCGGCCCCGGCGCUGCUGCCGCCGCCGGCGGGGGUACUAUGCUGACGCGGGUGAAGUCCGCCGUGGCCAAUUUCAUGGGCGGCAUCAUGGCUGGCAGCGCGGGCGCCGACCACGGCAGCGGCGCGGACUUGCCCCUUCGCUUCCCCUACGGGAGACCCGAGUUCCUGGGACUGUCCCCGGACGAGGUGGAGUGCUCCGCCGACCACAUCGCACGCCCCAUCCUCAUCCUCAGCAAGGAGACCCGGCGGCUGCCCUGGACCACGGGCUACGCGGAGGUAAUAAAUGCAGGGAAGAGCACGCACAAUGAAGAUCAAGCCAGCUGUGAAGUCCUCUUUGUCAAGAAGAAAGCUGGAGGCACUACUUCUACACCAAACAAGAACUCUUCAACAAAACGGAGGUCAUCACUGCCCAAUGGAGAAGGUCUCCAGCUGAAAGAUAAUUCGGACACAGAUGGGAUCAACCUGUACUACUGGUCGCUAUUCGAUGGACAUGCUGGGUCAGGGGCAGCUGUGGUCGCUUCCAAACUGCUGCAGCACCAUAUCCUGGAGCAACUGCAGGAUAUUGUGGACAUCCUGAGGAACACAGCUCUGCUCCCACCCACCUGCCUCGGAGAGGAGCCUGACAACCCAACCAGCAACAGCAGGACGCUGACACGGGCGGCCUCCCUGCGUGGUGGUGUGGGGGCCCCAGGCUCACCCAGCACUCCCCCAACACGCUUCUUCACGGAGAAGAAAAUCCCACACGAGUGCCUGGUUAUUGGGGCCAUAGAAAGUGCAUUCAAGGAAAUGGAUUUGCAAAUAGAACGAGAGAGGACUGUGUAUAAUAUUUCUGGUGGCUGCACAGCCCUUGUUGUGGUGUGUUUAUUGGGGAAGCUUUACGUGGCAAACGCUGGUGAUAGCAGGGCUAUAAUAAUCCGAAACGGUGAAGUCAUUCCAAUGUCUUCAGAAUUCACUCCAGAGACUGAACGCCAACGACUUCAGUAUCUGGCUUACAUGCAGCCGCACUUGCUGGGAAAUGAGUUCACACAUUUAGAGUUUCCACGGAGGGUGCAGCGCAAGGAAGUUGGAAAGAGGAUGCUCUACCGUGACUUCAACAUGACUGGCUGGGCAUACAAAACCAUUGAGGAAGAUGACUUGAAGUUUCCCCUUAUAUACGGAGAAGGCAAAAAGGCUCGAGUUAUGGCAACAAUUGGAGUGACCCGAGGACUGGGAGACCAUGACCUGAAAGUGCAUGACUCCAACAUAUAUAUCAAACCUUUCCUGUCCUCAUCUCCUGAGGUGAGAGUCUAUGACCUCCUGCAGUACGAGCAUGGACCAGACGAUGUUCUGAUUCUAGCUACUGAUGGACUCUGGGAUGUGCUGUUAAAUGAAGAAGUGGCAGAAGCUGUCACUAACUUUCUACCAAACUGUGACCCUGAUGAUCCCCACAGGUACACGCUGGCGGCGCAGGACCUGGUGAUGCGCGCCAGGGGCGUGCUGAAGGACCGGGGCUGGCGGAUCUCCAACGACAGGCUGGGCUCCGGGGAUGACAUCUCUGUCUACGUCAUCCCUUUGAUACAUGGCAACAAACAGUCAUGAAGGGGGCAUCAAGAGCGGUUAUAGGACGGGGAUCUUUUGGGGAAGGGCCUGAAAGAGACAAUAUGUUUUUCGGUGAUCUGAUCAGGACGCUUCGAACUGAUGUAAUCUAUUUACAAACUAAUGCUGGAGGGGUAUUUUUUUGCCCGAAAGGUAGGGCUCUGCACAUAUACUGUAUAUGAUUAAAGAUAAGUUAAGAUAACAUUUUCCCUAUAGAAAUGGUUGUGGUGCUUAUCAGGAAUGGGAUGUAAAUGCUGCUAGCAUCUUACAGAUUCUAUCGCCCCUCCACUUAGGGAAUUACUUUUUUUUUUUUCCUCAGUUUACGUGUAGCUUGGAAGAGCCAUUUCAGUUGGGAAAGUAGAAGUGGCUCUCAGAAGCCAAGGAGGCUCCUGAAAUCUACUCCUGGAUAUCCAGAAGGUGACUUGGGUCACAUCUCAUUUAAAAGUACCCAUAUAGACGAGACUCAAGAGUUUUCUUGUUUCAAAGAGUUGCAUUCUCAACUUACCUAUGGACGAGUUCAAACUUGUGUAAUCCUUCAGACCCCCAUUUUCUUCUCCUCUCUCUUCUUCAGUAGACUAUACUCCUGUAUUUUAGUAGGAAAAACGAAGUCGUUUUCAAUGUGACAGUGCCUGCUUACUGCAGCUAAAAGAGCCACCUGCAAAGUUGUUCAGGAAAAAUAGGUCACAGUCCUAUAUGGUAAGAUUUUUCUCUGCUGUGAGGAGUUAGUUGUCAAGAUACUCUGUUGUGUGUAUACCAUGAUUAUACAGAGCACGCAAACUCAGCUUCACGUGAUGUUUACCUGGAGGCCAUGGUUUCCUUGGGAUCAGAGAUUUUCAUUCAUUGAGUGGUUCUGCCAGCUUUAUCUUGUUGAAAGGAUCCCUGACCAUACAGCUUUUCCAUCUGUUGGGGUUUGGUAAAUUUACUUGGGCUCCUGAGUGUCUUUUUAGUUGUGUUUACUUGAAGUGGUGAUAUUGUUCUCGCUAUCAAUUUGGAUACCCAGAUAGUGAUCUAUUUCAGAGUCGCUUCGCUUCUUCCUGCCUCGCUUAUUACUCAGUAUACCUUUGCCUGCUUGACUUGCUCGUCAGAAAGUGACAGCUCACCACUUUCUGUCCUCAUGGUGUCGAGGGCUGGAGUCAAGGAUCAAAAGAUCACACGGACAGACACAAGCCCUUGGCUAGUUUCAGCAGCUUUUUUUCUUAGCAGUGCUAAAUCGAUUUAAAUAAAGAAAAUCUGAGUAAAACGUCAUCUGGAGCAAUAGUCUCCAUAGGGAAACGAGUGAGCAAAUCUGCAGCUUAACCUGGCUGCCUGGUCGUCAAGCAGGCAACUAUCUUACUUUGCUGGCAGGAGUUGAAGAAAAAACACAACCAGAAGGUUCUAGCGUGUAGGCAGCUAUUUUGGCUGGGGAGCCAAGUUCAGCCUCAUUUGCCCCCAGACCACAUUCUUUUGGAGCUGCUCAGGUGAGCCAAAAGACAGGGAGCUGAGGCAGUUGUAGGGCGCUGAGCAGGCGGCUCCCGAGCGUUGUGUAAUGCCCAAAGGCACGGGAGGCUGCCGUGCCCUGGGGACACCCGGGCCCAUGGCGCAGCACCCGCGCCUUACGGCCACCCCGCUGCUGCUCUGCUGCCUGGCGCCCAGAACCGCACAGAUUUAAACUACCCGUGCUUGAAAUCUCUAGACCCGGUAAGAGUGUCAGGUCAGAGCAGAGUGUGCAACGCAUGAGUUUAGCCUGAAAACUGUUCCCUGCAUUCCCCAGUGCCUGCAUGUGGUAAAGCUGUGCAGAACACGGAUGUUUUAUAUUCUAGAGCUUCAGCAUAAAACAAUGGCAUAUCUGAUUGUGUGUUGUCAUGCUUUAUCUAUGCUUUCCUCCUUUUUUUUUUCCUUUUACCUCUUUUUCUGUGUGCAGCUGGGUGAAAAGAGAGGUUUAGAGUCUAAAAUAUUUUUCACAUGACCCCUCACAUGUUUUGAAGUUUAAGCAAGAGAUCUCUUGCACUAUUUUUUUCCUCCCCUCAGCCUAAUAAACUUGUAAACAUGCUUUU